UAGGCUUAUCUUUUGUGACAAUGCAUAUGCUUGUGUCUUCACCUUUGUUGCUUUUCGAAAUUUGAUGACACGAAUCUGACUCAAUCAAAAAGAAAAAGAAAGGCCCUCUCCGAACACCUACUAGCUUUAACUAGCCCUCCAAUUAUAUAUAUAGUGCCCCAAAAUGAACAUCCAAAAACAUCAAAGGAGAAGAAUAUUAGUACGUCAAUCUCACUUGAAGAAGCCAAUCGAUUCUGUGGCAUUCAAAGUACUGGAGUAUUCAAGCAAGAAAUAACCAACCAUGAACAAACAACUUUCCAAUCCAGUGAUCAACGGAAUCACAAGAAGCACAGCAGCAUACUUGCUCGAAAAACGCUCGAAAAAUUCAUUGCAGCAAGAUGGUCAUCAUUUACAUAAAAGCUCUCAGCUUUCAGAGUUGGUGAUCAGUAGGAAGAAAAAAAUCAGUGUAAAAGUAGACAGUUUGGCUCAAGGAAUCCUGCAUCAUGUUAGAUUGGCCCCAAAGUUGACAGACACAUUGAAAGGGAAGUUGAGCUUGGGAGCAAGGAUUCUGCAAUUGGGCGGGGUGGAAAAGGUAUUCAAGAAACUGUUCAAUGUUGUGAAAUCAUCAGAAGAGGGAAAGGAUGAGCAGGAGAAGCUAGUGAAGGCGUCGCAAUGCUAUGUAUCGACCACGAAUGGGCCGAUCGCGGGUCUGCUUUUCAUAACAACGCAUAGGAUAGCCUUCUGCAGCGAAAGGUGCAUCAAAGUUGUGUCUCCCACAGGGAAACUGCUGAGAAUCUACUACAAGGUUUCCAUCCCAAUGAGGAAGAUCACCAGAGCCAACACCAGCCAUGACAUCGACCGACCAUCUCACAAGUACAUUCAAGUUGUUACCCAAGACAAUUUCGAGUUUUGGUUUAUGGGAUUCUUAAACCAUAGGAAAACUUUACAGUGUGUUCAGCAGAUGGUGAUGCUUUCUCGAUCAAGCUAGCUAGCUAGCUGAUCAGUCACAAUAUUACAUAUAUAUAUAUAUAUUUAUAUCUCAACACAGAUGAUGUAUGAAAAUGUAAAUGGGAAGAAAGUUUUGAACUUGUUUUUUUUUUUUUUUUUAAAGAUAAUGUGUGAACUUGUUGUGAAAUUCUAAACCAAAUUAAGAUGCAUGUGUUUAGCUAGCUAGCUGUACUCACAUUAGUAUGGAU